AUUUGCACCUCCUCAUUAGUGACUUCAGCCUCGCUUGAAGGGGGAGGAGCAGGUUGGCUGGCGCUGCUCUGAUCCCAUGUUGAUGUUUGUUGUUUGCGAGGGUGGCAGCACUGUGUGGAGGAAACAACAUGAACAGAGGUUUGUCGACUGACCUGCCUCCACGCUUCUAUGGGAAUGCUGGAACUUUUUAUCCCAAAAUGCUGCUGAAUGGUGAAGAUUUCCGGUGAUUAUUCGCCGUGUUGCUGUGAGACACAUGGGCAUCUGGCUAUAAUAAGGUGCUUGGUUCGCGUUGUGGGCAAAGACUCGUAGUGUCUAUUUGAACGACCGCCGCCAGUCAGGAUGCUGAAGCUCGUCUAGGAACACCCCGUCGUGCGUUCUUUCUCUGGAUUCCCCUUUUUAGCGUUUAAGUUCUUCAUUGGCGACGAGUUGCCAAUUUGAAACUCAUUUUUUAUCCUUAAACUUCUAAAAAUGGUGUUCUUCGCAUUGUCCUCGGCUCGUCACAAACCUGGAUAACGAAAGGAGUAGCUACGUGACAACACCCCAGCACGACGACCAGCACUUUCCUUCGAGGCACAUUUGCCCCGGGAUUUAUUAAGCUGUGGAGAUUCGAAUAGGCAAUUGAUGCAUCUCGGGGUAUCUGAGUCCAUGAGAGAGUGUGAGUACAGCCAGAUAAGCACUCGCAGCUCUACACCAAUGGAGACCCCUUACAAGAAAAGAACCCCAAAGAUGAGGAAGUGGGAGUCCUUCCCAGGUCGGAAUAAAUUUUACUGCAAUGGAAGGAUUAUGAUGGCCAAGCAGACCGGGGUUUUCUACCUCACCCUUGUCCUCAUUCUCGUGACUUGUGGUCUUUUCUUUACUUUUGAUUGUCCGUUCCUGGCGCUGCAGUUGACCCCAGUCAUCCCAGUCAUAGGCGGUGUGCUGUUACUGUUUGUGUUGGGGACACUCCUGAGAACCAGCUUCAGUGACCCAGGGGUGCUGCCCAGGGCCACCCCAGAUGAAGCAGCUGACCUGGAGAGGCAGAUAGAUGUGGCUAAUGGCACUACAGGCUACAGGCCUCCUCCCAGGACCAAGGAGGUAGUCAUCAAUGGCCAGACAGUCAAGCUUAAGUAUUGCUUCACCUGUAAGAUCUUCAGACCGCCACGUGCUUCUCACUGCAGCCUCUGUGACAACUGUGUGGAGCGUUUUGACCACCACUGUCCCUGGGUGGGGAACUGCGUGGGAAGGAGGAACUACCGUUUCUUCUACAUGUUUAUCCUAUCGCUGUCCUUCCUCACCAUCUUCAUCUUCGCCUUCGUCAUCACACAUGUAAUUUUACGCUCCCAUCGAAGCGGGUUUCUUAACGCACUUAAAGAUAGUCCUGCCAGUGUGCUGGAGGUGGUGGUGUGUUUCUUUUCUGUCUGGUCCAUAGUGGGCCUCUCAGGCUUCCAUACCUACCUGAUCAGCUCCAACCAGACCACCAAUGAAGAUAUAAAAGGUUCAUGGUCUUCUAAAAGAGGGAAAGACAACUAUAACCCCUACAGCCAUGGCAAUAUAUUCACUAACUGCUGUGCAGCACUGUGUGGACCCUUGCCACCAAGUCUCAUUGACAGACGAGGCUUUAUCCAAUCAGACACGCCACAGCUGGCACCACCAACCAAUGGCAUCACUAUGUAUGGCGCUACCCAGUCUCAGCAGAGCCACAUGUGUGACCAAGACCAGUGCAUUCAAAGCACCAAAUUCGUUUUGCAGGCCGCCGCAACACCUCUCCUCCAGCAGCAGAGCAGCCAGCCAGUCAUCCUGACGGCCUCCCCUGAAAAUGGAGGCUCUCUACCUGGCCGCACCUCCCUCACCCUGGGGGGCCCUUGCACCUCACUUCCCCUUGGCCAGCCCACCCCUCCGACGUCCACCCCCAGCCUCAGCUGCCACGAGGCCACGGACAUGCUGCCAAUCCAUGGACACAGCCACACACACAACCACAGCCACUCCCUCCAGGAGCCUGUGGCCCACCACCACUAUCUCACCCCAGAGGAAGUGCCCUCGCCGCCAGGUAUGCUUCCCUGCGGCAGCCCCCUGGGUCACAGCCAUACUAUGCAGGCCGGCUUCUACAAUCCAGCCAGCCAGGACUCGCUACACGAGGACUCUGUCAGAGGAUUGGUAAAGCUCAGCUCUGUCUGACAAUGGGAUAUAUGCCCCCCUCCUCCCGCUUCCUCCUGAAAACAUGUAACCCACAAAACUCUUUUGUGCCACGUUUGGACCAGCUCGUUCUCCCUCAAUUAGUUUUCCUUUCUCUCGUUGUAUGACUUGACAACUGAAAAAGGCUGUGGUUUAAAUUCAGCUGCUAGAAACUGAUUGGAAUGUAAUUGAACCGAAGUGAAACCAGUUGUCCUCAGCCAAUGUCUUGCCAAACCUCUCCACUGGAGCAGGGAGAGAUGUUUUCUAGUGCAGUGGCCUGUAUGACAAAUCAGACAUCCGCUUCUCUAUUCUUCUUUUUUUAAAUGGCUUAUUCCAUUAGCUCCUGGAAACUGGACAGGGGAGUUUCUUUUUCAAAGUGGGAUAUGUCUGUGAGCCAUGUCGAUCAAGAAAAGAAGAUUUUGACGGUUCAGACGGUUUGGUAAAAUUUAUUUCUGUCAAUGGAUCAAAGGUCUGACAGUUUUUUUUGUAAAACGAACUUUAGCCUAUUUGCCUGUUGCUGAUUGGACAAUGACUUUUGCCUUUUUUCUGGGACAUUCUCAGCAGUGCAAUGGUUGAUGUCAUGUUGCAUAUCAUCCUGCUUUUUCUAUGUUAAAAAACAAGACUGUUGUACUGUACCAUGGUUAUUACAAAUUAUAUUUCCUGUGGAUAUUAAUAAAACACUAACUUUUUAUCAGAUAAGA